CAGUCUCAGGGUCUUUGCUCAGAUGCUUCUAUCUGCCUGGGACACCUUCCUCAGCUCUUCCUUGUCCUGCCUAUGUGGUCAACACCUACUCAUCCUUCACGUCAAACUCAUGUGUCACUUCCAAUAUGAGUCCUCCCCACUGGCAUGUACGAGUCCCCAGUGUUACCAUCGCAUGAGGACUCUUCCCUCCUGUAAGGGUGGAGCUCAGGCUCACGCUCACCAAGCUCCUAGUGCUGGAAAUGGGAUCUGGACACCACCUUGCUCAGUAAAUACUCAACAAAUACAAGCUGGAUGAAGAGCACCAGAAGCUCAAGAUUCUUGGAUGAUAACACAGAUGUCAUGGCACCCCCAGUACCGGAGCUCCAAGUUCCGCCAUGUCUUCGGCAAACCAGCCAGCAAGGAGAACUGCUACGACUCCGUGCCCAUCACCCGCAGUGUUCAUGACAAUCACUUCUGUGCGGUGAACCCCCACUUCAUUGCAGUUGUCACUGAGUGUGCAGGUGGGGGGGCCUUCAUCGUCAUCCCCCUGCACCAGACAGGAAAGUUGGACCCCCACUACCCCAAGGUCUGCGGGCACAGAGGGAACAUCCUAGACAUCAAGUGGAACCCUUUUAAUGACUUCGAGAUUGCCUCCUGCUCUGAAGAUGCCACGAUCAAAAUCUGGGACAUCCCCAAGCAGCUUUUGGCGAGGAACCUCACAGCCUAUAGGAAGGAGCUGGUGGGCCAUGCGCGCAGAGUGGGCCUGGUGGAGUGGCACCCCACGGCCGCCAACAUCCUCUUCAGCUCUGGCUAUGAUUACAAGGUGAUGAUCUGGAACCUGGAUACAAAGGAGUCUGUCAUUGUGAGCCCCAUGAGAACCAUCACCUGUCACCAAGAUGUGAUCUUGUCCAUGUCUUUCAACACCAACGGCAGCCUGCUGGCCACCACCUGUAAAGACCGAAAGAUUCGGGUUCUCGAUCCCCGGCUCGGGACUGUCCUGCAGGAAGCCAGCUACAAGGGGCACCGAGCAAGCAAGGUACUGUUCCUCGGGAACCUGAGGAAGCUGCUGUCCACAGGCACGUCACGCUGGAACAACCGCCAGAUGGCCCUGUGGGACCAGGAUGAUCUCUCCGUGCCCCUCACAGAGGAGGACCUGGAUGGCUCCUCAGGCGUGUUGUUUCCCUUCUACGACUCGGACACCAACAUGCUCUAUGUGGUUGGAAAGGGGGAUGGGAACAUUCGCUACUACGAGGUGAGCACUGACAAACCUCACCUGAGCUACCUGACAGAAUUCCGCUCCUACAACCCGCAGAAGGGGAUCGGUGUCAUGCCAAAGAGAGGUCUCGACGUGUCCUCCUGCGAGAUAUUCCGCUUCUACAAGCUGAUCACAACCAAAAGCCUCAUCGAGCCCAUAUCCAUGAUUGUGCCCCGGCGGUCGGAAUCCUACCAAGAAGACAUCUACCCGCCAACAGCAGGGGCCCAGCCCUCCCUGACGGCUCAGGAGUGGCUCAGUGGGAUGAACAGAGAGCCAAUCCUGGUGUCCCUCCGGCCCGGCUCCCAGCUGCUGAGCCCCCGGACUUUGCCUCCCGAGAGACUCCUCUCCAGUGCUGGAGCCCCAGCUUCACCCCUGCCCUUGGACCCUACAGCAAAGCUGGCUGCAGAGGGCAGCUGGAGGCCCUGUUCCCUGCUGGAGGAGAAGGUGCCAAGGUGGGCAGUGGAGCACAGGCUGGAGGAGAAGAAGUCCUGGAUCACCAACGGCUUCGAUGUUUUUGAAUGCCCCCCACCAAAGACAGAGAAUGAGCUGCUGCAGAUGUUCUAUCGGCAACAGGAGGAGAUCCGAAGGCUCCGGGAGCUGCUGACCCAGCGAGAGGUCGAGGCCAAGCAGCUGGAACUGGAGAUCAAGAACUUGCAGAUGGAUUCUGGGAAGUUCUAGGCAAGGCCUCUGCCAUCCCCGCCCUCAGGGACACCACUGGCUUUGUGGGGAGGUCCAGAACCAAGCCUCAAGUCCCCCGAAAACAACCACUAUUUCUAUAUUUUUUACCAGAAAACAAAACUCUCAGUUGCUGAAAGAGAUUCCAGUGGGACGUGGUGCCGUUCUCUAUUUGCCUUCUUGCGACAGCAGUUUCUGCACUGACUCUGUUUUUAGAUGAUACUUUGCCUUUUGUUGAAUUCUGUCUCUCAGUGUCCACAACUUCUGAAGAGGAAAGAACACUGUAGAAAGCUCAAGCUGGAAGGAUCUGGGAGGUCUGCUGCCUGUGAUGUUCAAACUGCGCCCUACAGAAUGGAAGGAAGACUUAGGCAGGAGCCCAAUCCGACAGAUGGCACCUUCUGUCUGUUUCAUGUGUGGCCUGCUAUGGAAUAUAGAAUUCUGCCAUUUACACCAAUUUUUAGAAGUUUGAAAUCUGGCCCAGCUCCCUCAUUUUACAGAUGGGGAAACUGAAGCCCAAAGAAGGAAAGUGAGGUUUGUCUCACGGCACGGCUGGACUGAGAUCCUGGUCUCCUGGCCUGUCUUUCUGCCGUUUCCGGCCUGAUGCAGUUCUCGGCCCCCUGAGCAGGAAUCCCCUGGUUCUGUUCUGGGCUAUGCCAUUACUUACUUGGUGACCAUUUACAAAAUCCUUCUCUCUCAGGUCCCAGGUUCUCCAUCUGAACAGGAGGGACCUGGAAGGACCCUCCCCCGACAGGUCUGCCCCCAGAGACUUUGACCUUGAUCCCACAUGUGGGGUAAUGACCUCAGAAACUCACACACUGGCAAAGAGACUGAGGGUUAGGGUUAACCUGAAGGAAUGCGUUAAGGUUCGUUCCCAAUUCUACAGCACAGGCAGGAGGUCAGAACCACUGUCCCCAGCCAGAAUCAGCCAGAUGUGAGGAGACACUGGCCCCGUGUGGAGGCACAGGCCUUAGAGCUGAGUCUGUGGACUGUUGUCUCCAUAGCCUGCCUGCUCCGGGAAGAUGUGGACAGGUUUCAGCCCAGGUUAACAAAAGAGGCUCCAGGAGGUCUGGAGCCCUAGGGCUGGAUCCUGGCAGAGUGCUGUGGUCACCCGCCAGUGAGGGCUUCUGGAGACAGGGAACACACUAGGUGAGGAAGUAGCACCAGAUGGCCCUGAAACUCCCUUCUGGCCUGGAAGUUUUUGUGUCCUUCCUUUCUUGCUUUUGUCUUGUUUUGUUUUGUUUUUCUGAUACUGGGUAUUGUACCCAAGGCUUUGCACUGAGCUCCAUCUCCAUCCCUUUUUAAAUUUUUUACUUUGAGACAGAGUCACUAAGUGACACAAAGUCACUAAGCUGCCUGAGCUGGGCUUGAACUUGUGACCCUCCUGCCUCAGCCACCCGUGCAGCUGGGGUUACAGGUGCGUGCCACCACGCCUAGCUGCAUGCCUCCUUUCUGAAUCUCUGUCCUGAGCCCUACUCUAAGGCUCUUACUUUCUCAUGGUCAGUUCAGCAGCCCAGCUAGAAACUAAGAAUAAUAAGAAGCAAAAUCUGCCCCUCCUUAGUCAGAAGGCGUAGGCAAUAAGUUUUCCCCGUCCCAUGGGGUAACUCUGGAGCUCAGAUGGGACUGCAAAAGACAUAGCCUAGGACGUUUCAAUCCAUGCUGUAUGUUGAAUGCCCUUGAGAGCAUUCAGGAGAGAGAGACACCAGGCCCCAUUCUAUGUCCACUGAGGCUGUCUCUAGAGCCUGGGCCUCUGACUUCAUAAGCUGCCCUGGUGGUUCUGUAAAACAGUGAGGACAGAGAGACCUGGACCAGUCCCUGAGCCCUAUCUUCAAUCUUUACUGAAGAGAACAAUGAAUACCAGACAAGAACUGGGGCUCAAAUAUGGUUCCCAAAGUGUGCUCCCCCCAGCUAUGGCUGAUGGCCUUUGCCUGUCUGCAAACACCAUGUUCUUUGUUUUAUUCUCCAUUUCCCCAAAGCAACAGCCAGGCUUGCCUUACUUUGCUUAGAACAAAAGGCCAAGUCCCAGGCAUUAUCAGGGAAGCACAGCUGGGGUUACCUCGCCCGCUUUCUCUUUGCCAGCACUUCACAGUUUACAAAGCCCUCCCACCUCCACUCACUGGCACAUGCUCCUACGCAGGUCAGGCAGGCGUUACAGUCCAGUGGUCAGAAGGGAAGACCUGGCCUCAGAGAAGUGAAGGAACCUCAUGCCCAAGCCACUGGCUGCCCAGCUAGGGGCACAAGGUGGGAGGGGUGUUUGAGUUGGAGAGCUUCCAGCAUCCCUUCAAAAGCUGCCACCCUGGGGAACCUGGACCUCACACUUGGAAACAGGACGAGGGCUUCGAACAAAGUUGUUUUCUGUCUUUUUUUUUUUUUUAACACCUAGAGUAAAUUAUUUAAAUUAUUUCACAGCAAGGGAGAGGGAUAGGUAAUUUUUAUCAGAUAUUUUUUAAGCUAUCUUUUUUUUAAAUUAUAUUUUUGUUUUUGUUCUUGAGCUGAUGGAGUGGACCGUGCCUAGCAAAUAGGUAGUGCCUGCAGCUCAUCUCCUUACUGUACCCCUUACUCCGGGAGCCCCCUUUCUGUUGACUCAGGAACUCUCCACUGGAGAUGAGCCUCAGCUAGUGUCCACCAUUGCUCUACAGUGAUUGCACUUCCUGAGACAAGAGUUGAGACUGUAUCAUAGAUGGAAACAGGAAGUCAGGAAUGGAGCAAUGCUUUUCAUAUGAAACCGUGCCUGAAACAGUUCGAAUGAUUGUUUUAAUGUUUCUGAAAUUCCUUGUACCUUUGUAAAAAAUAAAGAAAUAAAAGUGAAAAUAGAUAUGGAAUUGUGCAAUGGAAAGAAUGUAACAAAACAAUAAACAUCUGGAUAGAAAUGUAA